AUGACCCCCUUCCAUUCUGGUACAAUUCAAUUUCGAAGCCCCUCUGAGUCAUUUACUAUUCUCAACGAUGUAACAACUACUUCUGCUGUUAGUGACCCUUUUAUAGCUGUGACCCAAAUGACAUUUAUGUUCUUAAGAAGAGUCAGCACCUUAACCUCAGUGGUGAAUUGUCAUUUGCUUUUGCGGGUAUGUGGUUUUUCUUCAAGGGUCCUUGGUUUGGAAAAUCAAGCAGUACAAGCAUCAUUGAAUGAUAACAAGGGAAUUACGUCUCCUAAUUACGUCAGUAGGCAUCAUCUUUCGCCAUGGUUCUCGGAUAAUAAAGCUCAUUUGGAGGAUUGUAAAAUCGAGCUUGUGGAUAAUGAGUCUUGGCACGUUUCUUCUGGACUAGCCGAGGCGUGGAGAGGUACUGCUGGGAUGGUGGAAAGACAAGCUGUAUUUACGGAGGAGGAUGAGGUAGUGCUUAACAAUGUACCACCAAACAAGGAGGACCCUGAUUUCGAUGAGAUUGAGGAUAUGAGAGUUCGUGGCAAUCUAUUCUAUAAGAUUGACAGGGGUUCCAAAGAGUUUGAAGAGUACAGUUAUGACUUCCACAGGAGGAAUUCGGCAAAGAAGAAAGGUGAUCGAUCAGAAAGAAAAAAGAAUGACAACCUAAGUCGUAAUUUGGCAUCCCCAAUCGAAAAAUCUUCGAAGAACAAAGAUGAAUGGAAAGAAAGCAAGAAGGAAGAUGUGAAUCAUAGUUCUGCCCUCAGAGGGGAGAGACUUCCCAAAGUCGGUAAGGAAAGCCAUCUGACUUUGCAAUUUCAUGAAGUGGACAAUUCUGGUGCUGGGAAGAAGCAAAGGACUCCCACUUUCAAUCAGCUUACAGCACCUUACCAUGAGCCAUUUUGCUUGGACAUUUACAUAUCAAAGGCGUCAGUGCGUGCCUGCAUCAUUCACCGGGCGACUAGCAAUGUUGUUGCUGUGGCGCACACUAUUUCUAAGGACAUGAAAUUUGACCUGGUAUCGACUAAGAAUAGAACUGCUUGUGCUGCUGUUGGGGAAGUAUUGGCUCAGAGGGCCUUGGCUGAUGAUAUCCAUAAUGUGGUUUAUACGCCUAGGAAAGGGGAGAAAUUGGAAGGGAAGCUUCAGAUUGUACUUCAGUCCAUCAUUGAUAAUGGUGUUGAUGUUAAGGUGAAGAUCAAGCAAAGGAAAUUCAAGAAAGCUGGCUUACUACCUACAGCUUAGGAGCAUUAUUGACUUGUUGGCUGCUUGAUACGG